ACCGUUCCUUAGCAUUGACAAAAAAAAAAAAAAACCAACGUAACAAAAAAAUUGUUGACUGGGAAAUUCUUGUUAACUGCGAAUCCAAGGAAACUUCGUCUGAAGGGCACAGCUUCCGGUUUCCCUGUUUCUGUCUAUCCCCUCUCUGUUUUUUCUGCUUCUAAAGGGUUUUUCUUGUCUCAUUAUCUGAAUCUCUCUCUGUUGAUUUAUAUUCCAAAACAAUGGGUGAGAGUGCUAAGCGUCAUCGAGGACAAAGAGAUAAUGAUGGGGAUAGUAGGAAUCAGAAGAGAAGAUUGAAUGAUAAAAAUGAAAAAAACAAUGAUGAACUGGUUGUUUAUAGAAUACUUUGCCCUGAUGUAGUGAUUGGAAGUGUCAUUGGUAAAAGUGGUAAAGUCAUAAAUUCGAUUAGGCAGGAGACGAGGGCAAAGGUUAAGGUGGUUGAUCCAUAUCCUGGUGCCAAGGAUAGGGUUAUAACAAUCUAUUGUUAUGUUAAGGAUAAGGAAGAAGUUGAGGUAGAUGAUGAAUUCAAUGACAAAGAACCGUUAUGUGCUGCUCAGGAUGCUCUUCUUAGAGUUCACGCUGCAAUUGCAAAUGCUGUGGCUCUCAUAGGGGAUUCUGAUCAGAAACGGACAGAUAGGUAUGGGGAGGAAUGUCAAAUUCUCGUCCCAUCUAGCCAAUCUGCUAAUAUCAUUGGUAAGGCUGGCACAACUAUUAAGAAACUGAGGGGCAAGACCAGGACCAUCAUUAAGGUUACUGCUAAGGAUGCUGGUGAUCCCAAUCAUUCAUGUGCCAUGGAUUUUGACAACUUCAUUCAGAUAACUGGUGAACCAGAGGCUGUAAAGAAAGCACUUUUUGCUGUUUCUGCAAUCAUGUACAAGUUCAGUCCAAGAGAAGAAAUUCCUCUUGAGACGACUGUGGCAGAAGCUCCUCCAGCUCCAAGCAUUAUAAUCCCAUCAGAUGUCCCUAUUUAUCCACCAGGUGGCUUAUAUCCUAAUCCAGAUCCUACUGUACCUUCUAGAUCAGUUCCACCAAUAUUGGGUGCCACCCAUGUGCCAGAUCUUCAGGGAUAUGCUGAUACAGGGUGUACCUGGCCUGUGUAUUCAUCUGCUCUUCCUGUGGUUUCUGGUUUUGGUGGUGCAUCUCGAUCUGAAGAGUUAAAAAUCAGAGUACUAUGCCCAUUUGACAAGAUUGGGCGUGUCAUUGGCAGGGGAGGGGGUACUAUUAAGAGUAUAAGGCAGGCAAGUGGUGCUCGUAUCGAGGUUGAUGAUACAAAGGCUGAUCGUGAUGAGUGUAUUAUCACUGUCACAGCUACAGAGUCACCUGAUGAUUUAAAAUCCAUGGCUGUUGAAGCUGUUCUGUUGCUGCAAGGGAAGAUUAAUGAUGACGAUGAUAAUUCUGUGACUAUGAGGCUCCUUGUUCCAUCUAAGGUUAUUGGUUGUGUUAUUGGAAAAGGUGGUUCUAUUAUAAAUGAAAUUCGGAAGAGAACUAAAGCUGAUGUUCGUAUAUCAAAAGGGAAUAAGCCAAAGUGUGCUGAUGCCAAUGAUGAGCUCGUUGAGCUUGCUGGAAAAGUUAAUAAUGUGAGAGAUGCGCUUAUACAGAUUGUUUUAAGGCUCCGAGAUGAUGUUUUGAAAGAAAAGGACAGUGGUCCUAACCCUUCUGUAGGUGCAGAUUCUUUCUACUCAAGCAGUGCCAGUCUUGCAGUGCCAUCUCUCUUGCCUUCUGUUCCUCCAGUUCCUCCUUUGGCUUUUGAUCAAAGAGCUGAAAGUGGAAGUGGCCUUGGUGUGCUUCCUACAAGCAGCCUUUAUGGAUAUGGAACCUUGCCGAUGGGCGAAAGUGGCUAUGGGUCUAUGUCCUCAUAUUCAUCGAAGCUCUAUGGAGGGUUGCAUCCAUCUUCAACUCUUGAAAUAUUGAUCCCUGCUAAUGCGGUCGGUAAAGUGAUGGGCAAAGGAGGGCUCAAUUUAACCAACAUAAGGAAGAUAUCAGGGGCAAUGAUUGAAAUUUCUGAAUCCAAAUCCUCACGAGGGGAACGUGUUGCUCUUAUAACAGGCACUCUGCAGCAGAAGCGUGAAGCUGAAAACUUGAUUCAGGCAUUUAUAAUGGCCACCUGAAUUUUAUAGAUAUUCUUGGUAGUUGAAGGUGAAUAGUUAAAAUCUUGGAAUUUUCUCCCUCCUAUGUUCCCUCUUGGUAGUUCCCUUAGGUUUGGUUUUUGGAGAUGGCUUCUUGUUCUAGUCUUCUUCAACUGGACCACUUUUCUUUCUUCCAUAGCAGUGCCUUUCAAGAUCAUUCUGGAAGAUGUGUUGCUGGCUUAACAUUCAUGGGAGUUAGGUUGCAUCUUCAUUGCUUAAACUAUUCUCUCUCUGCAAUAUCUUAGAACGCUUUAGGAUCUUUCUUUCCUUGGUGCUGUUAUAUCAGAUCUUGUCUUUUCUUAGUAUGGGCAUCCUUCUUAUUUCCAAUAUUUUAUACUCUGAAUUUAAUAUUUGCGCCAAGAAAUAUUUCAAUGACCGUAACUGGCGAAUUCAUAGUAUGUUUAUUUAUUAUAUUUCUACCUUUCCAUCUCUUCUCUCAGCUGCUCAAUAGAAGGAUAUUCCUAUUGACGGUAGUGUGAAACCUUGAUGAUUAUUCCUCCAUCUUUUCCUUGGUCAGUUUGCAGUGCAAUUUCAAAAGAAAAAGGAAAUCAUACCCUGGAAAUAAAUAGACUAUUGACAAUUCGUGAAGCACUUCCUCCAUCCCUUUCUCUCUAUUCUGAAUCUUUUGCUGUGUUCCUGGCUUCAUGGAUGGAUCAUGAAAAUAGUGAACCAUGAAUGUGUUUUUAUCUCAUACAACUAUUUCAUUUCUGGGCUUCUCUUGAUACCUCGAUUAUCAUUUACUGCUGCGAAUUUCACAGCAUGUCUGAUAGGAAAUUCAGCAUAACUCCUGCAUCUGGAACUGUUUUCUGCUUGAGAAAGUGAACUGAAAUCUCAUUAUCUUACUUUUGGCUCUUGUACGUGGCUUGUGAAGAGAUUUCCUCACCUUGAAUAGAGAUGCCCUCCGCGGAACCUUUCCUAUCAAACAGGAAAUACAUGUGGUCCUAAAGUCACAACUCCUGUUCCAAGAAUUACUUGGUUACAUUUCAUCAACCUUGUUUCUAAAAUCGAAAAAUAGUUGAGCUUUAGCUUUAAGGAAUCACUGCAUUUUAUAGUUUGUUUGCAAAUUCCUUAUAUUAGGAUGUCAGAUACCAAUAUUAAUGGUUUCGUAGCUCAAGCAUCAAUAGUGAUGCUUGCUUCAUUAAAUAUCACAUUAUUUCCUAGAAUGCCACGAAUAUAUAACAGGAUAUAAGUGGUUGGUUGUGUCUGGACCUGACAUUUUUUCCCCAGACAACACAUUUUCCCUUCUUUCUAUGUCAUUUUUCUUUGCAGUGUUUUUCGAUCUUUCUUUUCUACCUCUGACUGAUCUCAUCCCACCCCCCUUGCAAUUGAUAACAAAGUGAAGCUGCUUUUUAUUUUUCACAAUAAAAUUGAGGUGGAUUGCUGUUUUUAUUGUUGUGCACCAGUUUUCCAAGGUUCAGUUAUUUUUAAGGAUUGCAUUAGCAUUUCAGUGAUGCUACACCAGCAUCCUACUCCCAUUUCUCAUGGUGUCAUCCAGCAGCAGUUUGAAUCCUUUGGGGCUUCUAGUGGCUGCUAGUCAUUGUUUCAUGUUGAAAUUCUGGCUGCCGGUGCCAUAUCUCAAAUGAUUCUGUGAUGUUUGUUUGCUCUAUGUCAAUUAACCAUAUUGCUAUUGAUCUUUUACCGCAUGAUUGGUUGCUAUAAUAGGCAACUGAGUUCUUUUCUUCUAUUUCUUCUGUUCUAAACCAUUGGCUGGCUUCUUAGUCUGUAUUUUAUGCUCUCCUCCAGCAUCUAUGUUUAGGACUGAUCACUUACUCUCCUCUAGCAUCUAUAUUUAGAACCACCUAUAUUAAGAUCAAUAUUUUUCCGAACUUUAUACUAUAUAUUAUUUUGUCAUCUAGGACUUUCUUUAGGUUGAUCGUUAUUUCUAGCAAGAAUAUAUUCAUUCUACUAAAAUGAUGCCACUGGAUGGUAUGUAGAACCAUUCGCAGUUCACACCACCCCUGCCCUAAGGGCCCUUUGAUAGCAGUCUUAAGUUAUAUUGACAAAUUUUUGUAAAUAUGUCAAGACAUGUUAGUGGUACUGUUCAAGGUUGUAGCUUCAGCUGGAAUGUUUAUGAUUGGAUUCAGAGCUGUUUUUCUUGGUUCUGGGAUCAUGUUUUGUAAAUGAACACAUGAAAGAGUUAUUAGCCAUGUAAGAAAUUUUGAUGAAA